CAUUUCCUCUGCUGAAGCACAGCCAGGACGCUGCUUUAAAACUUCCAGCCCUCAACAUUUUCUUCCUCUCCCACACUAAUCCUCUAUCAGGCAGGAGGAAGCUCUGCAGACCUCCUCAAGCUCAUCCUCUUGUUCUCUCCCUUUCAUGUGUUGUGAGGCCCAAGGCAGCUGAAGCUCUGCGUCUGCGGGUCAGAUGUUGGUUAUUGUGAGCCCACAGUUAUUUUUACAACUAGUUUGAGAUUCAGGGCUCUUCCUGGAGCACGUCUGGUCUGUUUCCUCUUCAUUUGUGUUUUCUCCGGAGAGAUGAGGGCUGAGGUGCUGCUCAUCUGGAGCAGUUUGACUCUGUGCUGCGUCCUGAUCUGUGCAGGAGAAGAGGUACAGGAGAGCAAACUCUCCAGAGGCCGGGUUCAGGUGAGAGAAAGUAAAGGACUGGUCAAACACAGGAGACUGGAGGAGGAAGGAGAUGUUUUAAUGUCAGAUGAGCCUGCUGAAGCAGUGGAAGCAGAGAAGACAAAGCCAAAGAAGAAAAAAACUCCUGAGGAAAUUGAAGCAGCCAAAGCAAGGAAAGCUGCAGAGAAGGAAGCCAAAGCAAAGAGGCAGAAAGCUCCCAAGCCCACCAAAAAGCCAAAGGCCCCAAAACCCACCAAGAAACCAAAACAACCGAAACCCACAAAGAAGCCAAAGGCGCCCAAACCCCCCAAGCAAGCAGUGACAACAACCACAGAGCCGCCCAACAUCCAGCCUCCUUCUAUUGAGGAGGAAGAAGAGAAACUGCUGAUUGAACUGGGCUGGGACACAUUGAUUCGACCUGUGACCCCAGAGGGGCCUGCAUGGGAAGAGCCUGUUGAGCCAGGCCUGGAUCUGCUGCCUGGUAGAUACCCUGACAAGAAACUAACCACAACUACUGAGGUCAUCAUGUUCAUACCAGAGGAAACCACCACUGUUCCAUUUGUCGGCCCCUGGUAUGAAGAAUAUGAUUAUGCUGACUUGGCCGCCAAGAAACAAGAAGAAGAAGAAGAAGAAGAGGAGAGAGCUCGAAAGGAAAAGGCAGAAAAAGCUGAGCGACUGAGGAAGACGUGGGAGGAGGAGGAAGAGGAGAGGCUGAAGCAGAUUUCAGUGCCCACUGAACCAAAGAAGUGUCCCCCUCUGGGUGUGGAGUCUCACCGGGUGGAAGACGACCAGCUGCUGGCUUCCUCUCAGUCUCACCAUGGCUUCACGGCUCAGAGGGGACGACUCAACAUGCAGGGGUCCGAUGAUGAGGACGAUCUAUACGGCGGUGCAUGGUGCGCGGAGCCAGAGGAGCGCAACCAUUGGUUGGAGGUCGAUGCUCGCCGAGAGGUGGAGUUCACUGGGGUCAUCACUCAGGGAAGAAACUCAGAGCAACAUGAGGAUUUCGUAUCCUCCUACUAUGUGGCCUUCAGUAACGACAGUCGUGACUGGACUGUACUUCAUGAUGGCUAUGCUGAAUGGCUGUUCUAUGGAAAUGUGGACAAGGACACACCGGUGAUGAGCCAGUUUUAUACACCCAUGGUGGCACGUUACAUCCGCAUCCUGCCUCAGAGCUGGAACGGCAGCCUGUGUCUCAGAGCUGAGGUCCUGGCCUGUCAAUUAUCCAGCAGUUAUCUCAGUGAGAAUGAAGUGAACUCAUCAGAUGAACUGGACUUCAGACACCACAACUACAAGGAUAUGAGACAGAUGAUGAAGGUGAUAAACGAAGAGUGUCCCAACAUCACCAGGAUUUAUAACAUCGGUAAAAGCUCUCAGGGCCUGAAGAUGUACGCCAUGGAGAUAUCUGACAACCCAGGGGAGCAUGAGACAGGUGAACCGGAGUUUAGGUACACAGCUGGUCUCCAUGGUAACGAGGCGCUGGGCAGAGAGCUCCUGCUCCUGCUGAUGCAGUUUCUGUGCAAAGAGUACAAUGAUGACAACCCCAGAGUGCGUCGCCUAGUGGACGGAGUUAGAAUACACCUGGUGCCCUCUCUCAACCCCGAUGCAUACGAGCUGGCCUACGAGAUGGGCUCAGAGAUGGGGAACUGGGCACUGGGCCACUGGACUGAAGAAGGUUACGACAUUUUCCAGAACUUCCCGGACCUCAACAGCAUCUUGUGGAGUGCUGAGGACAGAGGCUGGGUCCCGCGUUUAGUGCCCAAUCAUCACAUUACCCUCGUGGAAAACGUCCUCAAUGGCUCUUUUGCUGUCGAGACAAAAGCCAUCAUCACCUGGAUGGACCGUAACCCAUUUGUGCUGGGAGCUAAUUUGCAAGGAGGAGAAAAGCUGGUCGCGUACCCUUUUGACAUGCAGCGCCCCCCAGUUUCUUCGACCGACAGCAGACGUUGGAGGACUAAUGGUGAAAUGAAUGAAGACACGUGGUCACGUAUUCAGCGGCAGAAUGAGGGAGCUCUGAGAGAGACGCCGGACGACACCAUGUUUCGAUGGUUGGCCAUGUCGUACGCCCACAGCCAUCUGACCAUGACCGAGACCUACCGUGGCUCCUGUCAUGGCGAUGAUGUCACCGGGGGACAGGGCAUCACCAACAGAGCCAACUGGAAGCCGGUGGUGGGCAGUAUGAAUGACUUCAGCUACCUGCACACCAAUUGCUUCGAGCUCUCCAUCUUCUUGGGCUGUGACAAGUUUCCCCAUGAAAGUGAACUUCCUCUUGAGUGGGAGAACAACCGCGAGGCUCUGUUGUCCUUCAUGGAACAAGUAAAUCGGGGAAUAAAGGGUAUCGUGAGAGAUGUGGAAGGAAAUGUACUGCCUAACGCCACCAUAACUGUGGAGGGAAUACGGCAUGAUGUCAGAACUGCUGUCGGUGGAGAUUACUGGCGACUCUUGAAUCCCGGAGAGUACAAGGUAACCGCCAAAGCCGACGGCUACACCCCUCAGACCAGACUCUGCAUGGUCGGCUACGACUCUGGGGCAACUCCGUGCAGCUUCACCAUGGCAAAAUCCAACUGGGACAGAAUCAAACAAAUCAUGGCGCUGAACGGCAAGAGGCCCAUACGACUGGUCACCAAACCAAUUGUAGUGAAAACAACCCCGGCCAGUACCAUGGGAGUCCGCAGCACCACCACAGAGGUAGACGAGCAUGCCAUCGCCCAGAAAGCGGAGCGACUGAGGCGGCUGCGGAUCAUGCGUCUGCGCAGGCUGCGUCUGCAGAGAUUAAGAGCCAGUCAGGGUAUCACUCCUACUACCACUACCACCACUACGACAACUACAACCACCACCACCACCACCGCCGCCACUCCACCACCUGAAACUGAGAGAACAACCUCCUGGUACGACUCGUGGUUACCUGUGGACAGCUGGUCGACUGAGAACCCAUUCGACAGCAUCGUAUUUGAUUCAGGGCCCACACAGGACUACCCCUUUGAAUACACUAUUGAUUGAUCACUGCACUGUAUGAACACCUUACUAACCACUCUAUGAUGCCGCAACAUCACGGCUUAAAACAUACACAUCACACAGGUUGUUUAUUAUUUAGUCAUCAGAAACCUUUCACCUCUUGGGUUUACAUUUGAGUGGAGAGGAAACAGAUUUUAAGUCCAGAAGAUUUUUGUUUUUUGUAAAGAUUUAUAGAGAAUUGAUCUGGAAGAGCACGUCUCUGCUGAGCAGAGACUACAGGGCUCAAGUUUAUUUGGGUGUCUUUUCAGUAAAACUAAAUAUAGUAUGUUCCAAUACAAAUCUUUUUAUUACACAAAUCUAUGUACAAUUUAACUUUCUGUAUCUUUAUGAUGUGAUUGCUGGCCUCAGUUAAACUGAUUUAUUGUACUGCUGAAUGCAUUUGAA